CUGGAAUCUCACUUUUUUUUACAGACAAUUCGUGAUGACGAACAGUUUGGUGCUGUGCCUAACGCCGUUGAAGACAACGAGAUAGAGCUCUUGGAGUCCCACAAUGUGGGUGAUGACGACAUUGAACUCGUCGCAGAAUUUGCACCCAAUUUUCUCGGCGUAAAUGGCUUUCAUCAACAGAAUAAUCACUAUGGCUAUGGCGCCGUUGCACAUGGACCCGUGCUUGAAGGCCUAAUAAGGGCGAUUACAGUUGACGAGAUUAUCGAUGCAGUUGACGAGAUUCUCGAUGGCUUGGAUGGGUCUUUUAUAACGAUGUCGGAAAUGUUGGAUGAUGAUGAGGACGUCUGGGGCGUCUGCCGUCAGGCUUGGGCAUCUCAGAGGAGAAAUGAUAGCAAUUCCCAGUAA